AUGGCCGAAUUUCAAGGAAAGGCGAACGAGGAGGGGACGCAUUCCAAGCAUGCCGCGCAGGAAGUGGCUGCGCUGGACCAUGCGCCAGAGGGCGUCCUCGAAGAAGGAUCACUCGAUCCUGUUUACGCAGCCAAAGCGCGCAUUCUCAACAAAGCUAUUCAGGAGAUUGGCAUGGGACGAUAUCAAUGGUCCCUUUUCAUCGUGAUCGGUUUUGGCUGGGCAAUGGACAACCUCUGGCCCAUUGUCACGUCCCUCAUCUUCACGCCUGUCAGGAACGAGUUCAGUCCAGAUCGGCCUCCGCUUCUCACCCUAUCGCAAAAUAUUGGACUCCUCUUCGGGGCUGUAUUUUGGGGUUUUGGUUGCGACAUCUUCGGCCGACGCUGGGCUUUCAACCUCACAAUUGGUAUUACCUCCGUCUUUGGCAUGAUCGCAGCUGGGAGUCCCAAUUUUGCCGCCAUUGCAACCUUUGCCGCGCUCUGGAGUGUUGGUGUAGGGGGUAAUCUACCAGUAGAUAGUGCCAUCUUCCUGGAAUUCCUGCCUGGAAGCCAUCAGUACCUUCUGACAAUACUGUCAAUCGACUGGGCCCUUGCACAGGUGUUUGCAACGCUUGUAGCAUGGCCCUUGCUCGGGAAUCUGACCUGUCAGCAGACAGAUGAGGACUGUACAAGGAGCAAGAACAUGGGUUGGCGGUACUUUCUAAUCGUCAUGGGCGGUACAGCUUUUCUCAUGUUCUUUCUGCGCUUCGUAUGCUUCACCAUCUUCGAGUCACCAAAGUUCCUCAUGGGCAAAGGUGACGAUGCCGGCGCUGUCCGUAUUGUCCACGAAGUUGCCCGUCGGAAUGGCAAGGCGUCUUCCCUGACGGUCGAAGACCUCCAGGCUUGCAACGUGCUCACUUACACGUCCUCGACAGUAGCCGUCCCGCAAACCACCACCACAGCAGCGGCGGCUGUGAAACGCAACUUGCAAAAGCUUGAUGCUUCGCACGUCAAAGCACUCUUUGCGACGAAGAAGCUCGUCUACUCCACUUCCCUCAUCACGGUAGUCUGGGCCUUGAUAGGCCUCGGCUUUCCCCUCUACAACGCCUUUCUCCCCUUCAUCCAAGCCAGCCGGGGUGCUGACUUUGGCGAUGGCAGCACCUACCUAACCUACCGCAACAGUCUCAUCAUCGCCGUGCUUGGCAUUCCGGGCUGUGUGGUUGGCGGUCUGCUUGUCGAGACACCGCGUAUCGGACGGAAAGGCACACUCGCUGCAUCUACCGUGCUGACGGGCGUGUUUCUGUUUUGCUCAACAACGGCACUCGAGUCUAAUGCGCUGCUGGGAUGGAACUGUGCCUACAAUUUCAUGAGCAACAUCAUGUAUGCAGUGCUGUACGCAUACACGCCCGAGAUCUUCGCGACCAAAGACAGAGGAACAGGGAAUGCAAUCACGGCGAGCGCAAAUCGCGUGUUUGGCAUCAUGGCGCCCAUUGUGGCCAUGUUUGCCAACCUGGAGACGAGCGCGCCGGUUUAUGUUUCUGGAGCGCUUUUCAUUGCCGCUGGCAUACUCGUACUACUGUUGCCUUUCGAGUCUCGAGGCAAGGCCAGCAUGUAA